UGAAAUCUUUUAUUCACAGGCAGAAAACUCAUCAUGAUGGAAUUGCAAUACAUGCAAUACGUCUUAUCUGCAUUUGUUAUUUUCUGCAUCUAUAAAUUAUCCAGUCACUGGUUUAAUAAAAAGAAAAGGAAUCCGUGUGCUGUAGAGAAAGGCACCAUUAAAGGCAUGGAGGGGCCAGAAACAGCACAGGAUUCAGUGACGGCCAUUGGGCAGGAAGAAGAAGCUACUGGCCUAUCUGAGGAAGAAGAAAAAGGCACCAUUAAAGGCAUGGAGGGGCCAGAAACAGCACAGGAUUCAGUAACGGCUAUUGGGCAGGAAGAAGCUAAGGACUUAUCUGAAAAAGAAAACAAAGGCACCAUUAAAGGCAUGGAGGGGCCAGCAACAGCACAGGAUUCAGAGACAGCUAUUGGGCAGGAAGAAGAAGCUUCUGGCCUAUCUGAGGAAGAAGAAAAAGGCACCAUUAAAGGCAUGGAGGGGCCAGCAACAGCACAGGAUUCAGUGACGGCUAUUGGGCAGGAAGAAGCUAAGGACUUAUCUGAAAAAGAAAACAAAGGCACCAUUAAAGGCAUGGAGGGGCCAGCAACAGCACAGGAUUCAGUGACGGCCAUUGGGCAGGAAGAAGAAGCUACUGGCCUAUCUGAGGAAGAAGAAAAAGGCACCAUUAAAGGCAUGGAGGGGCCAGCAACAGCACAGGAUUCAGUGACAGCUAUUGGGCAGGAAGAAGAAGCUACUGGCCUAUCUGAGGAAGAAGAAAAAGGCACCAUUAAAGGCAUGGAGGGGCCAGCAACAGCACAGGAUUCAGUGACGGCUAUUGGGCAGGAGGAAGCUAAGGACUUAUCUGAAAAAGAAAACAAAGGCACCAUUAAAGGCAUGGAGGGGCCAGCAACAGCACAGGAUUCAGUGACGGCUAUUGGGCAGGAAGAAGAAGCUACUGGCCUAUCUGAGGAAGAAGAAAAAGGCACCAUUAAAGGCAUGGAGGGGCCAGCAACAGCACAGGAUUCGGUGACAGCUAUUGGGCAGGAAGAAGAAGCUACUGGCCUAUCUGAGGAAGAAGAAAAAGGCACCAUUAAAGGCAUGGAGGGGCCAGCAACAGCACAGGAUUCAGUGACAGCUAUUGGGCAGGAAGAAGCUAAGGACUUAUCUGAAAAAGAAAACAAAGGCACCAUUAAAGACAUGGAGGGGCCAGCAACAGCACAGGAUUCAGUGACGGCCAUUGGGCAGGAAGAAGAAGCUACUGGCCUAUUUGAGGAAGAAGAAAAAGGCACCAUUAAAGGCAUGGAGGGGCCAGCAACAGCACAGGAUUCAGAGACGGCUAUUGGGCAGGAAGAAGAAGCUACUGGCCUAUCUGAGGAAGAAGAAAAAGAAAACAGAAACACCCUGAAUGAAAUGAUAGAAUCCUAUAAAGAGUCUAAGCUCUCCCUGAGGGACAUCCUGGACGUUGGGCAGGAGAAUAUAAAUGAAGUUGCCCCCCAGACUGUACAAGACCUGCCCUGGGCUCUCCUAAGGAAACUGAUGGCGCUGGACAGGACUGCAAGAACUAUUCAACUUGAGGAUAUUUCUGAGAAUUCGGGGUCAGACUCUGAUAGUGUAGGGGAAGGAGAACAUUUUCUACAAAUGGAUUCAAUGGAAGAUUCUGAUAGCACAGAAAAAUAUGUAUCUCAGAAUUUGGGUUUUUAUAGUAAAGAGGAUAAAUGUAAUUCCAUUAAUCCAUUAGACAGUCUGUGUGCUCUCUUGCAUUGCUCAGAUAUGUUGUUACAGCAGAACAUCUUAUCCAAAAUGUCCCUUUGUCAGUUUGCUGUCCCACUGCUGCUCCCUGCUGGUGAUGGCCCAGAAUGCACCUUCAUGCUGUGGGCUAUGAGAGACAUUGUCAAGAGAUGGAGACCCCACACUCUGGCAGACAGUAAAGGAUUUGUAGAAGAAAACCUGGUUCAAGUAGAAAUGCCAUUGCUCUCCUUUGUGAGACUGGGGCAAAGCAAAUUAUCCAAAUCUAAAAUCCUCAACCAAGUGCUCAGCCCAGCUCAGCAGUACCAGGACUUCUUUGUUCAUGAAAAUAUGGAGGGUGGAAAUAUUAAAAGAGAAAUCUCUGAUGGCCUAGUGGAAAUCUCCUGGUUUUUACCUGCUGGAAGAACAAAUACUGAUAUUUUCCCAGAACCUGUUGCUGUUACUAAUAUGCGUGGAGACAUCGAGUCUAACUGGACCCAAUUCCGCUUCCUAACCCAGGUCUCAUCAGCAGUGUUUGUAUUUGCUGAGAGCAUUAAUGAGAGAGAGUGUGAGCUAUUAGCCCAGUGUAGUAAAUCCAACCCCAACUUCUAUUUCAUCAUUACUCCUAGUGGCAAAGGUGUCAGUAAAGAGACUGUGAAAUCCUUAAAAAAGAGUUCACUACAUAUUGGAAAAUCACAAAUACUAAUAAAAGACAAAAGAGCAAAUGAUGCAAGGCUAGUGAGCAAUAUACAAAGUAUAGUCAAGAAAUUUUUAGAAAAAAAUGAUAAGAGAGUAAAACUGGAAGAUUUAUCAAACACAGCCACUGAACUUCAAUUCAAAGUGGAUGAAAAUUCCCAGGAAUGUCAGAAAGCAAAGACAUAUGCUGAAGAAAUAAAUAAAGAGAUACAAGAUGUGGUACAAUAUAAGAAAGAGACAAUGAAACUACAAGGGGAUCUGUGGAAGCAAGUGGCCCAGAUAGAGAAGGAAUUGUGCAGAAUGAGAAAACAAGGGGAUAAAAACCCAGAAGAAUACCGAUCUCAGCUGACCAAGAAACUUAACAAGUUACACAAGGAACAGAACCAGCAUUUCCUGCCUGACUCUAUGAGUAAGUUCAUUUCUGCCAUCACACAUUUGUCUCAAACUGAAAAACAUUAUUUUCUGAAAUGGAUGAAAUUUGCACUUGACUCAGUGGCUAGAAACCGUCUUUCCAUGCUAAAAGCAAAAUACAAGAAAACAUGUAACAAUAAAGAAAAUAAUCAAGACGAACUAAAACAGUUAGAUCAGCAACUAUCUGACAGUUCUUUGGGAGUCGAACAUUUCCUACGUGAGAUGGGGCAGUUUUAUGAGGCAGAAUGUUCCAUGGUGAGUCAAGGCAAAAUCAAACCAGAUAACAUACAAUUCUGUAAUCUCCCAGGAAUUGCUGCUGAUCUAUUGCUGGAUGGGUUCCCAUUGGAGCUGAUAGAUGGAGAUGCCUCUAAUAUCCCCCUACAGUGGGUAACUGAUCUUUUGAUUGAGUUGGAUAAGAAGACAGGAGGGAAAUGCAGAAUGAGAGUAAUCACAGUGCUGGGAGUGCAGAGCACAGGGAAAUCCACCCUCCUGAACACCAUGUUUGGGCUGCAGUUUUCAGUGUCCAGUGGGCGAUGCACACGGGGAGCCUUUUUAACAUUGAUUAAAGUGAAAAAAGACUUCCUGAAGAACCUGGGCUGUGAGUUUAUUUUAGUGAUUGACACUGAAGGUCUGAAGGCUCCAGAACUGGCUUCUCUGGAGGGCAGCUAUGAACAUGACAAUGAGUUGGCGACUCUAGUGGUUGGGCUCAGUGAUAUCACUAUAAUCAAUAUGGCCAUGGAGAAUACAGCAGAAAUGAAAGAUACACUGCAGAUUGUGGUUCAUGCAUUUCUCCGAAUGAAGCAAAUAGGGAAGAAACCCAACUGCCAGUUUGUGCAUCAGAAUGUGAGUGAUGUUUCUGCUGAUGAUAAUAACAUGAGGGACAGAAAGAAGCUCCUGGAGCAGCUGGAUGAGAUGACAAGAACAGCAGCCAACAUGGAAAAAAAAAAUGGGUUUAACAGCUUUACUGAUAUCAUGUCCUAUAACAUUGAAAGAGACAACAGGUACAUUCCUGGGCUUUGGUACGGUGUCCCACCCAUGGCUUCUGUAAGCUCUGGCUACAGUGAGAAUGUGUAUGAACUGAAAAAAUAUUUGUUUGAAUUCAUGGAGAAAGAGGAAAGUCUUCAGCCACCCCAGAAUAUUCCUGAAUUUACUGAAUGGAUAAAAAGCUUAUGGAAUUCUGUGAAGUAUGAAAAUUUUAUUUUCAGUUUCAGAAACAGCCUGGUAGCUGAAGCUUACAAUCAGUUAGCAAUGAAAUACUCUCAGUGGGAAUGGGACUUCCGCAAACAGGUUCAUACCUGGCUCAUUAGCACUGAGAACAGUAUCAAGAAUCAGUCAGCAGAUAAACUGCAGCCUGAAAUGUGCAGUGGGUUUAAAGAUGAUUUGGUUUCUUUACUCUGCAAAGAAGAGAAAAAUAUGUUAGAUUUGUUAAAAAAAUAUUUUGAAAGUAAAACGGAUAAUGUUCAUCUGAUUGAAAAGUACAGAGAAGAUUUCUCCAAAGGAGUGAAUUUUCUUCGGAAGGAACUGGAACAUUCUGUCACAGCAAAGAUUGAGGAGAUCAUCAUAAUCCAAAAAGGUAAAUAUCAAAUAAAGAAUAUAGAGGACAGUUAUCAAAAAAUUAUUGAGAAGAAAGUCACUAAUCUCCUAAAACAGGUCAGAGAAAGGGAAAGUCGGCUUGGGGAUGAUGACAUAGAAAAGGAAUUUGAGAAUAUGUGGGGAAGUACAAUCGCUGAGCUGCCAAAGUAUUUUUUUAAAAAAUUUAAUGUUACGAAAGAAAUGCUACUGGCGCUCAAACAUGACUUGUCCAACAAAGGCAGCGCUAUAAUGGAGAAAAUUCUUAAUAUAAAAUGUUUUGAUGAGUUUGGAAAGGGUGAAUUCCAGAUUAAAGAACAGCAUGUUGACAUGAAAUGGUUCUCACGUAUCAAAGAAUACUGGACCAAUGAAUGUCAUAUUAAAACAGACAGUCUUGCUUCCUGUUUAAUAAAAAAAUGUUCAGAUUAUGUAACAAAGAAGGAUAAUACAGGAGGAGACUAUGAUGGGACUUAUUGCCAAGAAUUACUCAAUAUAAUCAAUGAAAGGCUCCGGGACAAAGAUGUAAAAAACCUGCACAUUAAUAAUCAGUUUGAUUUGGAUAUAAAGCUCCAUAUCUUGGGGGAUGCAGCUCGGAGGUUCCAGAUGAUGCAUGAGAGAUUUCUGAAGACGGAUCCUAUGUUGUGUCUGGGAACUCUAAAGCCUCAUUAUUUCACAACAUUUAAACAUCUAUUCCAGGAGAAGGAUGAAACACAAAGUCGAGCCAAACAGUUCUGUGAGCUCUGCCUGAAGCCGGCAAUAACCAAGCAGAUUUAUGAGCAUCUGGGGAAGGAUAUUGUAGAUGAUAUUCUGGUUAAUAAAGGUUCUAAAGAAUUGAGCAGCCGCACUUUCUUUCAGGCACAUGUACUUGAGAAACUGCUGACAGACCAGGAUUUCUCUCAGUAUGUAGCCUACAUUAAUGCUUAUGAGGGGUUUGUGAAGAAAUGGCUGAAACAAUACAUUCUGAAUACUUAUGAAAAAGGUCUAGAAAAGUUGCAAACAAACAUUUUAUCUGAUAUCUGUAAAAAAAUCAGGAGCGCGCUUAAAGAACUACAAGGCCCUCCUACUGUCUCAGAGUUUUUAAAAGCCUUUUGUGAGAUGUUAAAAAGUGAAAUAGUCAUUUCCCAGAUGGAGUUGCAGUUGGUCAGUUUCCAAAACAAAGCAGAUGUCAAACAGUUCUCAAAGGACAUUGAGUUUUUUCUAGAAGAAACAGAGAAACAGAUCAGCUCAGAGAUUGGAUCUUCCAACACAGAAUCAGUACUUGCCAAACUCACAAUGAAACCAGAGGAAGAGCUGUUUAAGAAGGUGUUUGGCUGUGGGAAGCAGUGUCCCUUCUGUGGGGUCCCCUGUGAGGCUGGAGGUACUGACCAUAAGGAGCACUUUGCCUCUGUCCAUCGGCCUCAAGGUUUGGGAAGAUAUCGAUGGACCUCUAGUGACAAGUUGGCUAUAGAAUUAUGUUCAACUCAUGUUGUCAGUGACUGUAGAUUCAGUAAUUCAGACACAGAGUGGAAACCCCACCCUUACAAAGAAUACCGCAAAUUCUACCCAGACUGGGCCAUUCAGCCUGACCCCAGCAUCACAGCCUCCAACUACUGGAAAUAUAUUUUUAAACAUUUCAAUAAAGAAUUUGCAGAAGAAUACAAGGCAAAACCAGCUGAUCUGCCUGUAACAUGGCUCCUGAUAACAAAGGAACAGGCUAUGCAAAGCCUAAAAAAAAUAUUUAAUUUGAAAUAACAGAAAUUAAACAGGUUACAGUAUUAUAUUCCCAAAGUUCAUAACAUUUACUAUUGGCGGUUAACGUAAGAGUGAUGUUUUACAAAUACAAAAUGCAUUUAGGGGAUUCUUUAGCUGGAAUAGGGGUAUGUUUUACUUCAACAUUUUUUUCACUUGAAAUUCAGUAACAUUGGCAGCUUUAAUUGUCUGGACACUUAUGGUAUUUGAAUCACUUUUUAUAAUCACUUUUCUUGGGUCCAUAUGACUAAUUGUUUUAAUUCAGUUAAAAGUUCCAGAAAUGUGUUAAUUCCCAUGCAGAAUUCCCAGUAAAGGAUUAUGUUGCAUAUUAAUUGGCCCUGGAGGGCUGGGUCUCACACACAGGCACAUAAUGAGCGAACUGGGGCACUAAGUACCAUUUACAUUUUUUGCACAAAAUGGUAUUGUUUCCCCAACCAGAGUGUGGGCUCUAUUAACCUGCACUUCCACUGGGGUAAAAAUAUUCCCCCAAUUUGUUCUCUUUAAAAAUCAACUUUGUAGCCAACACAUGGCCUUACUUACAGAUGGUUCCUCUCCCCUCUCUCUCUGUUAGUUACAUGAUAAUACAGGUUAAUGUCAGCUUUUACUGCAGUUUGCAGGAAGUAGGUAUAUUCCAUGGGCAACACUUUCUUGCAGGUACCAAGGGGUAAGGGUGCUGUACAUAUAUAUCUUAAUGGGACCUGUACUAAAACUGUUUGAUACUCUCACUUGUCAAUGUAAUUAGAAAUAUUAGAUAACAGCUCUAUGUACUGCUUUAUGAUACACAAUGUUCAAUAAAAUUGA